AUGAAGGAGUUUCCUUCUUGUUUUGGAGAAAAUGGGGUUCAGGUUGCUGACUCGUCCUCAUCGAGCACCACAAGAGCAGCGCAAAAUGUUGUUACGUGUGUGUACCAGUGCAAACUAAGAGGUCGCUCAUGUUUGAUUACGGUCUCCUGGACCAAAACUCUGAUGGGUCAAGGUUUGAGUGUGGGAAUAGAUGACUUGGGAAAUCAUUGUCUUUGCAAGGUUGAGAUAAAGCCAUGGCUCUUCUCAAAGAGAAAAGGGUCCAAGAAUUUGGAGGUCCAAUCUGGUAAAAUUGAUAUUGUUUGGGAUUUGAGUUGUGCCAAGUUUGGUUCUGGACCUGAGCCAUUGGAGGGGUUCUACUUAGCGGUUGUGUUCGACAAGGAGCUAGUGUUGCUCCUCGGGGAUCUGAAAAAGGAGGCAUGCAAGAAGAUUGACAGUGAUUGUGCUUUUUCUCACUCUGGUACCGUUUUCAUUGCAAAAAGAGAGCAUAUUUUUGGGAAGAAGUUUUAUGGUGUAAAGGCUCAAUUUUUUGACAAGGGGCAAGUGCAUGAUAUCACAAUUGAGUGUGACACUGUGGGGCUUAUCGAUCCCUCUCUUGUGAUUCGGAUUGAUAGCAAGACAGUGAUGCAGGUGAAGCGUCUCAAGUGGAAGUUCCGGGGGAACCACACCAUUUUGGUGGAUGGGGUUCCGAUUGAAGUGUUUUGGGAUGUGCAUAGUUGGCUCUUUGGGAAUGCUAUGGGCAAUGCAGUGUUCAUGUUCCAAACAAGCAUCUCAAGUGAAAAACUGUGGGAAAGCCAGUCAGAUUCUGAUACCACUGCACUAACAUGGGCUUCUUCUCAGCAGUUUAAGGAUUCCCAGUUGCAAGGCUUUGGGUUCUCUCUCAUUUUGUGUGUUUGGAAACAGGAGUAG